AUGAAAGAAUUGCUAUUGAAAUUGGGAGACCAUGGUGAGCCUUCUACUUUCAAUAAAGGAAUAUUGCUAUUGAACUCGUUCCCAUUUGACACCUCUGGGGAUUACAAAGAUGUCAUUUUUAAAAUUAAACUCGUUAUCUCUGCUGCGUCUCCAGUGACAAGGGAUGGGAUUAUCUGGACUAAUAUUCCUACAGACCCUUCAGUUAUGUUUAAUAGAGAAAAAUUCUAUAAGAACCCCAUCGACAAUUCCUUCUACAAGGAUAUCAAUUUGACUUUAAGUAUUAAUAAACCCGGGGUAUAUGCGUACUUUGCUUCUUAUCGUUCUGCAGAAACAAAUAAAAUAAUCACGACCAGAAAGUACUAUUUUGUGGUUCAACCAUCGUUGGAUAUAAAUGGUGAAUAUUUAACUUUGAAUUCCGUCUCAAUUCAAUCAGUUGUUUCGAAAUGGAUGGGUCCAUUGAAAGACUGGGAUAAUAUUUUCCAAGAAAUUUCAAAUAAGGGAUACAAUAUGGUUCAUUUCACUCCGUUACAACAUCGAGGGGAAUCUAAUUCUCCCUAUUCCAUUUUUGACCAGCUUCUGUUCGAUCCGAAUUUAUUUGAAAGUACAAAACAAGUUGAGAAUCUUGUAAAAAAAAUGCAUUCAGAAUUUAAAUUGCUAUCCAUGACUGAUAUUGUUUGGAACCAUACUGCCAAUAAUUCGGACUGGCUCAGAGACCAUCCUGAAGCAGGCUAUUCCAAAAUAACUGCUCCUCAUUUAACUGCAGCGAUCGAGUUGGAUAAAGCCUUAUUGGUGUUCUCGACACAAUUGGAGAAAUUAGGCUAUACAUAUAAUAUCAACACUGUCGAUGAUUUGUUGAAUAUAAUGGAUGGUAUAAAGACUAAUGUUUUGGAACAGUUAAAACUUUGGGAGUUUUAUACCUUGAAUGUUGAAAAAACUAUUUCCCAAUUGAAAGAGUUUUUAGUGCUGCACCCAUGUGAAUCUAUUCCGAUCAUUCAGCUAACUCAAUCGCAAAUUGAAUCUUUAUCCGAAUUGGCAAAACUUGCCACAGAUUUCUGUACUGAUGGUAUGGGUUUUGGAUUGCUGAGUAGACAUGGGAAUGAAUUAAAUGUUUCAAAAUUCGCGAGUGUUGUUUUAUCAUAUAUUAAGGAAAAACCUCAAGUUUCUGAGGCUUCUUUUGAGAAUGUUCUUUCUGAAUCCGACAGAUUGUUGAAUGAAAUAAACUUGCCGUUGUACAGAAUUUAUGAUACAGAUGUUUCAGUUAUUUUAGAACAGUUAUUUAAUAGAAUAAAAUAUUUGCGAAUUGACGACCACGGUCCUAAAUUAGGAAAGAUUAGCAUUGAAAGUCCAUUGACAGAACCUUAUUUCACGAGAUUUGAUGAUCCGAAGACAGGCGAGGAAAUUGCUUUAGCAAAUAACGGGUGGGUUUGGAACGGAAAUCCAUUAAUUGAUUUUGCUUCAGAUAAAUCAAAAGCUUACUUGAGAAGAGAAGUUAUUGUUUGGGGCGACUGUGUCAAAUUAAGAUAUGGGAGUGAUCCAAAAGAUUCACCUUAUUUAUGGGACAGAAUGAUAAAGUAUACUCAAUUGUGUGCCAAAGUAUUUGAUGGUUUCAGAAUUGAUAACUGCCAUUCCACUCCUAUUCAUGUUGGCGAAAGAUUGAUUGAUGCUGCCAGGGAGGUGAACCCUAAUCUUUAUGUAGUUGCAGAGUUGUUUUCAGGAAGUGAAGAUUUGGAUAGUUUAUUUGUUGAAAGACUCGGUAUUUCUUCUUUAAUUAGGGAAGCAAUGCAAGCUUGGUCAGAGGAUGAGCUUUCUAGAUUACUUCGUCGACAUGCUGGUAGACCUAUUGGAUCCUUGAAAUGGCUACCUUUGGAUGAUUUUGCUUAUCCGGCUAGUUGUGAGCCAGAAGCAAAUAAAGGAGAAUAUGAAAGAGUAUCCGAGAUCGCAAUCCCAAAAUUCCUCGCGUAUCAAGAGCCUCAUGCGCUUUUCAUGGAUUGUACUCAUGAUAAUGAAACACCAUUCCAGAAGAGAACUGUCGAGGAUACGUUACCAAAUGCUGCUUUGGUUGGAUUGUGCUCUUGUGCAGUUGGAUCAGUGUUUGGAUAUGACGAGUGCUAUCCGAAAUUGUUGGACGUGGUCAAAGAAACUAGAAGUUAUACUUUUGGAGAUAAUGGUAUCGGUCAUGUUAAGAAAAAAAUAUACGCUUUGAGAAAUGAAUUGGCAAAAAGUAACCUCUCUUUGCAAGCACAUGAAAUGCACAUUCAUCAUGAAGAUCAAUAUAUCACUUUCCACAGAACUAAUGCUAAGACGGGAAAUGGGGUGUUUUUGAUUGCUAGAACGAAAUUUGCUGAUGAGGGUGCUGAGUUUUCUUUGAAACCAAUUACCUUCCAUGGGAGUAAAAUUACUCAUGAAUUUGCCUAUACUUUGAAGAAAGUUGGAGAUCCAAAGGCAUCUGAUGCAUAUAUUCCAUCAAUUCCCGUGGAAGUCCAAGAAUUGGAGAGUCCGCAAUUUGAAUAUAACCCUGAAACCAAUGAAACCACCGUUACAUUACCUAAAUAUUUUCCUAGAGGCAGUAUUGCGGUUUUCAGGACUCAAUAUCUUGAUUUCAAUGAAGAGUUAGACAAGUAUCUUCAAGAGGGCGCAAUUGAAGCAUCUAAAGAUUUAAACCUAUAUGACCUAAAUGCUCUUUUGUAUAAAUGCGAAUCAGAGGAAAGAGAUGCGAGUGCUGGGAGAGAUGGUAACUAUAAUAUUCCUAAGUAUGGUCACUUGGUGUAUUCUGGGCUACAAGGUUGGAUAAGUGCCAUAAAAGAUGCCAUUAAUGAGAACGAUCUUUCUCAUCCAUUCUGCAAAAAUGUUCGGGAGGGUGUUUGGUCAUUAGAUUAUAUUGUUAAUCGGACACUUAAAUACACUGAUUCACCAGGAAUUCAAAGAUUUCAUGAUUGGAUGGCAUCAAGAAUCAAUACUGUUAAGGGAUUACCGUUUUUCUUGCGUCCAAAGUAUUUUGUCUUGGUAUUGGGUAUUGCUUAUGAAGCAUGCAGAUUCAGGUCUCUUUCGUUGCUCUCACCGAUGUUUCACGAAGCUACACUUUUUGUUCAAGAUUUGGGAUUGACAUCUAUCCAAAUGAUUGGUAUUAAUAGAUCAGCAUCUCUUAACCCUUUCAAGCCGGUUCCUAGUAUGGCAGCCGGACUUCCGCAUUUUAGUUAUGAUUGGGCAAGAUGUUGGGGAAGAGAUAUUUUUAUUUCCUUGCGUGGGUUAUUGCUUGCAUCUGGUAGGUAUGAUGAUGCUAAGAAUCAUAUUCUUGCUGCAGGUUCGACUUUAAAGCAUGGCUUGAUUCCGAAUCUUAUUGAUAGCCUCAGAAAUCCUAGAUAUAAUGCUAGGGAUGCAACUUGGUUUUGGUUGCAAUCUAUUCAAGAUUAUAUAACUGUUGUUCCAGAUGGUGAAAAAAUAUUGGAUGAGAAUGUCAAAAGAAGGUUCCCACUAAACGACAAAUAUGUACUGCACGAUGAUCCAGAGGCUUUCAGUUACGAGAGUAGUAUCAGGGAACUUAUAUACGAAGUCUUUGCUCGUCAUGCCAAAGGUCAAGAUUUCAGAGAAGCGAAUGCAGGUCCAAUGUUGGAUAGACAAAUGAAAGAUGAAGGGUUCAAUAUUAAGAUCAACGUUGAUUGGGAAACAGGAUUGAUUUUUGGAGGUAGUCAGCUUAAUUGUGGUACUUGGAUGGAUAAAAUGGGUGAAAGUGAGAAAGCCGGAAGCAAGGGGAUUCCGGGCACUCCAAGAGAUGGCGCGGCGAUUGAAAUUAGUGGUUUGUUGAAAAGUUCUUUGAGAUUUGUCAAUCAGUUAAAUAAACAAGGGUUGUUUGACUAUACCGAAGUUGAAAAGGAGGAUGGAACCAAAAUAAGUUUUGAAAAAUGGGAACAGUUGGUGGGGGAAAACUUUGAAAGGGUGUACUAUAUUCCAAUGGAUGACGCUGAUAAUCAUAAAUUCGACGUGAACCCAGCAAUUAUUAAUAGAAGAGGAAUUUAUAAAGAUUUAUACCGAAGCGGGAAAGAAUAUGAAGACUAUCAAUUAAGACCAAAUUUUGCCAUUGCGAUGGUUGUUGCUCCAGAGUUGUUCACUCCUAAAUAUGCAGUUGGUGCGUUGAGAAUUGCUGACACCACAAUUAGGGGACCGGUUGGUAUGAGAACCUUGGAUCCUUCGGAUUACAAUUAUAGACCAUAUUAUAUAAAUUCAGAAGAUAGUACUGACUUCUUGACCUCGAAGGGCAGAAACUAUCAUCAAGGUCCAGAAUGGGUGUGGUGUAUUGGGUACUUUUUAAGGGCAUACUCUUACUUUUAUUCGCAAGAUUCUAUUGUAAAAGCUAGGGAGCACAAUAAUACUAAAAAGAUCCGUGAACAAUUAUACAGAGAUUUGAUGUAUAAGUUGGAGGGGAAUAAAAAAUGGGUUAAGUCAUACGCCUGGAGAGGCUUGACUGAAUUAACCAAUAAGGAUGGUGAAUUAUGUCAAGAUUCGUCGCCUACUCAAGCAUGGAGCUCUGGUUGUAUAAUUGAUUUGUUUUAUGAUUUUUAUGAUACAGACAAAAACAAUUUAUAA